AUGGAGGCCAUAACCGCCCAAGAAAUCUCCGAGUUCGAUACGAAGAAUGCCUUGGUCAGAGAAACAAAGGCAGAAAAUGGAAGUGUGCACUCUCUUUCGAAGCAGGAGCUUCUGGUUUUACUUGGGCUCGCAAGUCUAAGUUUGAUGGCAGCGCUGGAUGGGACGUCUGUUGCGGUCGCUUUGCCGAUAAUUGCCCAAGACCUGAAUGGCUCUACAAUUGAAGCAUUUUGGACAGGAACUUCAUUCACGCUAUGUUCGGCAGUCUUCCAGCCAGUGUUUUCUUCAUGCUCGGACUUAUUUGGUCGAAAACAAUUAAUCCUAGUUGCGACUUUGUGGUUUUUGAUAGGAGCCAUUGUCGCUGGUGUUGCGAAGAACUUCACUCAUAUGCUUAUCGGCCGUUCUCUGCAGGGAAUUGGGGGAGGUGGUAUCAUCACCCUCACUGCGAUAGUCAUUGCCGAUAUUGUGCCUCUCUGUUAUCGAGCAAAGUAUUUCGGAAUGCUUGGUGGUAUCUGGAGCUUGGGUACUGUAAUUGGUCCGGUAAUUGGGGGAUGCUUUGCUCAAAAUGUUACAUGGCGUUGGAUCUUUUAUAUCAAUUUUCCUUUCAUAGGUAUUGGGGCAGCAUUGGUCGCGUGGUCGUCUUCUUUCGAGACAAGCAAGUCAUCCUUCUCAGAACAAAUACGAAAAAUCGACUUUUUGGGUAUGCUUCUGUUCAUCCCAAGCACCGCAUCAUUUUUAAUUCCGCUCUCUUGGGGAGGAAUCCUAUAUCGCUGGGAUUCAUGGCAUACAAUAGCCCCAUUGGUCACAGGAGCUGUUGGAUUGUGUCUUUUUGCGGUAUAUGAGUAUCAAUUCGCCAAGCAACCGAUGGUUCCCCCGGCAAUAUUUCACAACCGAACCUCCUUGAUCUCAUUUGGCGGAUACAUGGUGGUCGGACUGUUGAUCUGGUGUUUUCUAUAUUUCCUUCCCCUCUAUUACGAGGCCGUGAAGGGGUUUGAACCCAUUAUGUCCGGGGUCGCCCUUUUCCCCGAAACAUUCACACUAGCUCCAAGUGCGAUUGUCAUCGGGUUUAUUAUCAGCAAGACUGGUCAAUAUUACUGGGCUAUCUGCAUUGGAUGGGGUCUAUCCACCCUUGGAGCAGGUUUGAUGUACUUACUCAGUGCGGAUACUUCGACGGCUGAAUGGGUAUGUAUAAACCUGGUUCCCGGCAUCGGAAUUGGAAUGGUUCUUCCUUCUGUUGCAUUAGCAGUCCAGGCAUCAGCAACAGCGGAGAAUCUGGCAAUUGCGGUGGCGAUGUCAACUUUCUUCCGUGGGUUUGGCCAGUCUAUUGGCGUCGCAAUUGGGGGUGUUAUUUUCCAGAAUCGGAUGAAAAGCAAUCUCUUGACAUAUCCUGCCUUACGGGCGGUUGCGGACAAGUACAGCGGGGAAGCGGCGAGCGCAGUACAACUUAUCAGACUGAUGGAGAACGGCCCGAUGAAGAAUGAUUUGAGGGAGGCCUAUGCUAACAGCUUGAAAGUUGUGUGGGCAUUUUGCUGUGUCAUCUCUGGCGUCAUAUUUGUGAUUAGCUUUUGGACGAAGUCUUAUUCAUUGGGUCUGGUGUUUGAAGAACAGGACCUCAAAGAAGAAGAGGCCUAA